UGCGCGUGGGUUGGGGAGGGGGCAGGGGGGAGGUCUGGAGAGAUCCCCAGACUGCAAGGUGCGCGCCGGGCCCAGGCCCGGAGUGGGAACCGAGGAGCGCAGAUUGGGGAGAUAGACAGAAGAGAAGCACCAGCACUGUUCCACAGUCCCAUGAAGCUCCUCCAUGCUGUGGUGCCAUAGGUCAAACCUAGGGUCACAAGGCUGUUAAGGCCCAAGGUAAUGCAGGCCCAUGGUACAAAAAUUCACAAGUUCUGGCGACCCUGACACACCCACUUUCCCACCUGGCCUCGUUGGAACCCUAGCUGCUGAAUAUGAUGAAGCCUAAAUUAAUGUACCAGGAGCUAAAGGUGCCUGCUGAGGAGCCUGCCAGUGAGUUACCCAUGAAUGAGAUUGAGGCUUGGAAGGCAGCAGAGAAGAAAGCUCGAUGGGUUUUGCUGGUCCUCAUCCUCGCCGUUGUGGGCUUUGGUGCCCUGAUGACUCAGCUGUUUCUAUGGGAAUAUGGCGACUUGCAUCUCUUUGGGCCCAACCAGCGCCCUGCCCCCUGCUAUGACCCCUGCGAAGCUGUGCUGGUGGAGAGCAUUCCUGAGGGCCUGGACUUCCCCAACACCACCCUGAGCAACCCCUCUACCAGCCAGGCCUGGCUGGGCCUGCUCGCCGGGGCCCACAGCAGCCUGGACAUUGCUUCCUUCUACUGGACCCUCACCAACAAUGACACCCACACCCAGGAACCCUCUGCCCAGCAGGGUGAGGAGGUCCUCCGGCAGCUGCAGGGCCUGGCACCUCGUGGCGUGAAGGUCCGUGUUGCCGUGAGCAAGCCCAAUGGACCCCAGCCGCAGGCAGACCUGCAGAGCCUGCUGCAGAGUGGUGCCCAGGUCCGCAUGGUGGACAUGCAGAAGCUGACCCAUGGCGUCCUGCACACCAAGUUCUGGGUGGUGGACCAGACUCACUUCUACAUUGGCAGUGCCAACAUGGACUGGCGCUCACUGACCCAGGUCAAAGAGCUGGGUGUGGUCAUGUACAACUGCAGCUGCCUGGCCCGCGACCUGAACAAGAUCUUCGAGGCCUACUGGUACCUGGGCCAGGCGGGUAGCUCCAUCCCGUCAACCUGGCCCCGGCCCUAUGAUACUAGCUACAACCAGGAGACGCCUAUGGAGAUCUGCCUCAAUGGGACCCCAGCGCUGGCCUACCUGGCAAGUGCACCCCCACCGCUGUGUCCCAGCGGCCGCACCCCAGACCUGAAGGCGCUGCUCAACGUGGUGGACAAUGCCCGGAGUUUCAUCUACAUUGCUGUCAUGAACUACCUGCCCACCAUGGAGUUCUCCCGCCCACGCAGGUUCUGGCCUGCCAUUGACGACGGGUUGCGGCGAGCUGCCUAUGAGCGGGGGGUCAAGGUGCGUCUGCUGAUCAGCUGCUGGGGCCACUCAGAGCCAUCCAUGCGGGCCUUCCUCACCUCCCUGGCCGCCCUGCGAGACAACCACACCCACUCUGACAUCCAAGUGAAACUCUUUGUGGUCCCUGCCAACGAGGCCCAGGCCCGGAUCCCGUAUGCCCGCGUCAACCACAACAAGUACAUGGUGACUGAGCGUGCCACCUACAUCGGAACCUCCAACUGGUCUGGCAGCUACUUCACAGAGACGGCAGGCACCUCGCUGCUGGUGACACAGAAUGGCAGGGGUGGCCUGCGCAGCCAGCUGGAGGCCGUCUUCCUGCGGGACUGGGAUUCCCCCUACAGCCAUGAUCUGGGCACCUCUGCUGACAGUGUGGGUAAUGCCUGUCGCCUGCUGUGAGGCCUUGCUGCACUAUGUCCCAGGUCCCCAGUCUCUCAUCCCACUCCCCACCCCAUCCCCAUAUCCUGCUUCUGUCUGCCCUGUGGUGAUUCUGCCAGCUCCCCCGCUCUCCCACCUCUACCUCUGCCCCCACCGGCCUGCCGCUGUGGCCCUAGCGUCCAGCCAAGCUGCCGGAGGGCUCAGCCCCCGAAGAAGUGGGGGUGCAUGCUGGGCCAGGCCUCCUGGCCCACCCCCCUUUCCAGGACAAAGAGGGUCUAAGGUUAUAUUAAGUAAAUAACUUGUCUGUA